ACUUCCGCCAAGUAAAAUGUUAAUGCGUGCGCGCAGUGUUCAGUUGACAGUACCGUACGUUAUACUAGUGCUAUAGUAAGCUAGCUAAAAACGUCCUAAGAAAUGACCAAGUUUCAUUUUCUGGUUGCAGCAGCACUGCUCAUCACUGUAGUGAAGCCCAUACAAGCUACAGAAAGCAGCGAUACAAGGCAGCCACUCUACAUAAUUGCAUCUGGUCCGUACCCCGAUUUGCUGGAAGGUGACAGUGCAUGGCCGGGCGGCAUUCCUCUGGUGUCAGCAGUUCGACUAGCAUUGAAACACAUCAACAGUAACAGUGCAAUACUACAAGAUUAUCGGUUGGAAGCUCUCGAAGAUGACUCUGGAUGUAGAUUACCCUCCAAGGCUUUGUUAUCCUUUCAUCGCAAGACUUUUUAUAGCGAAAAGAACGUUGUUGGAAUUGUAGGUCCAGGUUGUUCUGGCUCCACACUGCUUGUUGCUCCUCUUCUGUCCCGUUCUGGUGUAAGCAUUAUCCAAAUAGCACCUUCAGCUUCAUCCCCUGCUAUUCAGGCUCUGAAUGAGAGCACCACCUUCACAAUGAUAACUCCACUCAGUAUGGUGGGUGCUUUUGUAGCUACUAUGAAGAACAACAACUGGAAGUUAUUGACAAUUGUUUACGAUGCAAACAGACUUCUUUUCACGGAAUUUCAAGCCGAAGUUUCAAAGCAGAUUCUUUUGGAAGAGGACAUAAAAAUUGCAAAUUCUCUAAUUUUCUUAGAUGGUGACACUGAAGCAGAGCGUCUGUACCGUGUGGAUGACGUGAGGCAAGGCCGCUCCAGAAUUGUUCUGCUACUCAUGGAACCAAAUCCUGCACUGCGAUUUCUCUGCGUUGCUUAUACCGAGGGACUCUACUAUCCAAGAUACCAGUGGGUAUUACUGGAGAAAAACUAUGGGGAGUUUGUGGUAUCGUUGAAACCAUUUGCAUAUAAUGGUCGUCAAUAUAAUUGCACAGCUGAGGAGCUAGCUGUGGCUGCCAACGGAGCAAUUAUAUCUCAAUUUCAGCUUAAACAAGCCAACGACACGAUAAUAACUCCGAAUAACAUAGCGUUUCUUGAUUAUCGCAAACAGCUUAAAGUGGAAUUUAAUGAACAUUUCAAUGAAGAAAGAGUCCAAAAAGCUGUACAUUCAACAGAGAGUAUUUAUACGUUAUCUCAGCUUACACCCCAAAACAAUUGGGAGAAUUUGUACUAUGACGCAGCUUGGGCCAUGGGUCUUGCAUUAGAUGCUACAGCCAAGAGAGGAGUUAAUCUUUCCGAAUACAAGUAUGGCCAACCUAACACCACACAGAUCUUGAUCGAAGAGCUUUUAAAUGUUGAUUUUGAGGGGUCAGUAGGGCCGGUAAAAUUCAGUGAAGAUCGAACCAUCAGGUCACCUAUUGUAGUGUCUCAACUAUGGAAUAAUUAUUCUAAAGUACUUCGUGAAACAGUUGUUGCUUUGUUUGUGAGAAAUCGACUAUACUAUAUUAACAAUGAGACAAAUUUCAGUUACAUCAGUGACACAUUUGGUGAAAUGGAAGAGCGAGUGCAUUAUAGUGUUGGAAUUAUCCUCAACUUGGUCACCCUCACUAUUACUCUUGUUGCAGCAUUAUCACAAACCGCUUUUAUUCACUGGUUUAAAAGGAAAAGUGUCCGAGCUACAAGUCCCGAAAUUAGCCAUCUUAUCUUCUCCGGCUGCUAUCUUUUUUCCAUAGCUACAAUCUUAUUCACGUUUCAACAGACGUUGAGUUUUGACUCUGCAAAUCUAAGACAGCAAUACUCCAUCAUUUGCAAUCUGAUAACAUGGUGUUUACUCAUGGGAUUCUCGCUCAUUUUUGGCACCGUAUUUGCAAAGGUGUGGAGAGUCUUUAAAUUGUUUAGGCAUUUUCGAAACGAACGUCCAGGACUACUUUUAUCAGAUCAAAGUCUAGUCGCUGCUGUAACUGUUUUGGUGCUUAUUGACUGUGUCAUUUGCAUCUUCUGGAGCGUGUACGAUCCGUGGAUGCUGUCAAAAACUCUUGGUGAAAUUCACGAUAUCGAUGGUGAACAAAUUGUUAUCACUCAUUUAACUUGCAGCUGUGACUAUGAUGUCUACUGGAUAUCGGUGAUAGCAGCGUACAAAGGAGUUAUUGCCCUCCUACUGGUUGUAUUUUCUGUACUUAAUCGAAAAAUUCAUCGCAAACAUUUCAGCCAUACCAAGAAAGUCAACAUACUUGUGUACAGUCUGACAGUUCUAGGAGGGAUUGGAUUUCCACUCUACUUUCUUCUAAGGGGCGUUACAAUUUAUGUUUCAUUUUUCAUCUUUAGCACUUUUCUGCUGGCCACUAUUGUCAUGUGUUGUCUAGUGUUGUUUUUACCUCCUAUCUGGCCAAUAUUCAGCCAAAAAAUCAACAACUCUAAGUUUUAUUCGACAACAACACCAACCACCAGAUCUGUAUUACAGUCAAGCACAUCAAUCAUUAGUAUCAUGUAAUAAUCACAUUUUCAUUGAUCAAGGCAUAGACAUAUCAUAUUUCUAACCGAUCAUCUUCAUAUUACACAACUUGAUAUAUUACAUGGAAUUGAAGUAUGGAAAUUCAACCAUGCACAUGAUCUGUU